GCGUAAUUCAUUAAUUCUACCAAGCAAUGUUUGAAGUUUGAGUUUCGCAUUUUUCGUGGUACUUUAAGUCGUGCGUUACGCUGAUGGCCAAAAGCAAUAAUUCUGUUUUCGACCCAUGGAAUACUUUUUACGAAACCCCAGAAGAGCAAGCUGCCAUAAAACAGAGAGCAAAAAUGAGGGAUGCAAUGAAGGCUGAGUACAGGAAACGAUAUACAAAUCCAUUCAACCCCCCAAUCGGUCAUUUGCACGAUCCAGCAUUGCAACGCCAUUUUUCAGCCCAGGUUACAUAUGCAGAAUAUUUACGUCCAUCCCCCAAAUUGGGACUAGUUGCCCUUGGAGUUUUAGGCGUAGGGUGUCUAGCGAUGGUAAUAAGAGGAAGGCUUAAGGUAUGGUGAACACCAGAAUCAGUAUUUUCGUAUUUUGUAUCGUCUUUCGUUUUAUCCUUCUAGUGCGUCUAAAUUGUUCGAAUGUUUUUUCACUCUAAUCAUUUCCUGGUGCAGUUAUAUCCCGAUUGUAGCUGAUACCUACAUUGAUGUAGUGUUCAGGCUUGCCUAUCGCAAUGGCUCAAUCGAGCUAGGUUGGCCUGAAACGAUUAUUCCUGUGGGUCCUAUCACGACAGAGAGUUCGGUCGGAGAACCGUAAGACUAAAAGCAGCGACUUGAGGUCGGAUGGCGAUUGCUUACUGCGGACUGUACUGGGGUGUAGCGGUACUAAGGUGUGGAGAAGAUUUUCCACCAUCUCAAAAUCAUAUGAGCGUAAUACGCUUCUCGUUGGUACUAAGGUGUUUCUCUCAAACCACUAAUGUUUAAGGCCAUUUUAUCUCCUCAAAACGGAGGAAAUGGGUUAUAAAGGGUUAACUCUGAAACUGUUUCACGGAUUCCCACCCCUGGCUGAAAGACUUUCAAAGUAUGGGAGCCUACUUUUCGCAGGCUAAACACCAAAAGUUUAUUUGAUCAAUCUGGUGCAGUUGUCCUUUAGGCUUUAUGAUUUUGCUUUUAGCAUGCUAAGAUCACGAAUAAUUCAGUUUUCUUUUCAGACAUGAAGAGCAACUAUCGUUUUACGGUGCGAGAAGCCAAGAAGUAUCAGUCGCCCUCAUACCUCUAACAGAGCCCGUGACCAUCUUGUUCAUGACCGAAUUCUGUCGACACUUCCUAAUAUUUCUCCUGUUCCCAUGACCAACUCCUGUACUAUAACUGUCUAUAUCUCCAGCGAAGUUUAUUCCCUCUUCUUAAUUGGGCUACGAGUUGGUUGCGUUAAGUUAUCUUUUUAAGGGUAGAAUCACUUCUCUUAAUAGAAACAUUCGUUUUUCGUAACCAGUAAAUAGUCCAUAUUUAGCUAUUUAAGUACUCGUCGUUCUACCGUUUGAUUCUGAAAUAUUGUUAAAGAGUGCUGGCUGUGUUGUUUGAAAAGUACAUUAUUGAUAUAUCUUUCUAUAUUUCGUUUAUUUUGUACUUGUAUCCACUCAAACAGCAUCACUUCUAUACACGUAUUAUCGUGUUGUGACUUAUUUAAAGAACCUAAUUACACGGAACUAUUGAAAUUCCAAAACUUCUGCUAUUCACUACUUCCACUGUUUGGAUCUUAUGUCAAAUUGAACAACAGGCUUCCUUAACCAGGACUUUGACAUCUCUCGCCAUCGAUGUGCGUCGUGUCUCCCAAACAUCCAUGUAAAUUAGAAGUACGGUUGUUCACUUGACCUCACCUAGUCAGUAUAAAGGACCAACUCAGUUGGUCCUCUAUGUACCUGGGAGCUCGACAUCUACUUCUUGUGGUAUAGCACUAAGUUCAAAAGCAAAAUAGGUUCUCUUAAACAGGAUUAUGAUAGACAAUCACUUGUGCGCUGUCCGAUUAAACGGGACAGUUACAAAUCAGAAAGAUGAACAUAUAUCACCACUUUUUCGUUCAGCCCCCUCCAUACGGUCUCACUCAAUGCAACUCAAAUAAAGCGAAAGACAAAUUUUAUAGGAAACUUUCCUCCUUCCAGUAGCUAAGUGCUUAAAUGUAGUAAUGACAGGGUGAUUUUAAUGUCCAUUUAAGUGGUCUGAAUCAGACAGAAAGGCAUAUGUGCAGGUCUCACAGUAUCGUAGCUCAUCGAUAGAUAGUGACAACCGACUACUGCAACUAUGCCCAGAUAACCGUUUAUUUCGAAGUGGCCGCAGCUUUAAGCAUAGGGAAAGACAUCGUCCAACAUGGCGGCCCGCAAGAUGGACGACUUAUUAGAUUUAUAAGAAAUCACGCAGUAACCACGAGCAGUGGUAGUAGCGGAAGCAAAAGUGAUGGAAAAGAUAGGGGGAAUAGAUAACUAUAGACAACUAUUCAGACUCAUUAAGGAAACGGAUGUUAAAAAUCCAACUGUUAGGGAAACUAUUUUGUAAAACGAUGUGACCACUAUUCACUCUCGAUCCGGGAGAUUAAACUGAUAGCUAAAGAAUUUCAAGAAACAGUUCAAUUGAGCUCCAACUACACUCUAUUUGCCCAAUAUUUCCAAACAACCUAAAUGGUAAGUUAACGCAAGCCUUUAACUCUUAGUGUGGCUGAAAAGACCGUAGGCAACUUGGAGCAAGGUAGAGCUGCAAGUGCAGAUGUAAUUGUGCUGGUGAGCUCUAAGGAUGAGGGUCCAGUUUAAGCAGUAAGACUGACAGAAAUCCUAGAAUUCGGGAAUUGGACAUGAUUCCAUUUGACUAGUCUGGAUUGCUGAUCGUCUUAGUCUAUGAGAAAGGACAAAAUCUCUUGCGACAACCACAGAGGAAUCAGCCUGAUUAAUAUAGUGUCCAGAAUAAUCUCUGUAAUCACUCAACUGUUAACUAAGGCCCGUUAAGAGAAAACUUGGGGAAGAAAAUCUGGUUUCAGACCUGGACGUGAGUAUGUAGACCAAAUCUUCACUCUUCCUCAAGUUUUAGAACCUAGAUAUGCUUUCCGACUCUGAACUAUAAUUGUAUUCCUUGGUCUUAAGGUAGCGUUCGCCCCUGUUGAUCAUUAGUUUUUGUGGCAAUGGUUGUUUUUAAAAGGUUUCCCGAGGAAGUACAUCAAUCUUACACAGGCUCUUUACCCGAACACUGCAGGUCUAGUAAGAGCUUAUAGCGAACUGUCGUCAGAAUUGUCAACUUCAAAUGUGCGGGCAGUUAUCGUUCCUGAAGAGAUUUUAGUAUUUCUAAUAAAAUUUAACUAUUCUUGUGACCGCCUUAGCAUUUCACCAGGGUUGUCCACUUUAUUUAUGUCUGACUUCUUCAUAGACAUCUCUUUAAAGACAACACUCGUCAAACUUUUUUGGAGGUUAGCCUCGUAACCUGAAAUUCACUCAUCGAUUCGCAAUACUCAGAUGAUACGAUUCUCUUCGGUGAGAACGCUGACAAAGUGUAGAGUUUCCUAACCAUCUUAAGCAAUAGUGCCAGCAUGUUUGGGAUGAAAUUCGUUCCCAUUAAAUAUAAAAUAUUUCUUCAGGACUUCAACACUUCAGUUAGUAAUAAAAAGUGAAGUAGUUGAAUGCGCUAACCACUUCACUUAUCUUGCAAAUCUUAUCAGAUCUGAUGUACUGGUGUCUGACAAAUUCUCAACACGAAUCCGAAAAGUUCUUUUGACUUUAACCAACUUGUAUAACCCGUGGUUUAAGCAAGCCGUUCGUCUACCGAACCAAAGGAAGGGUUUACCGUUCAGUAGUUCACUCUGUUAUAUUUUAUGGGUGUCGAAAAUGGCCAUUAGGAAGAGAGGAUAUUCAUAGGUUACUUGUACUCGAUCAUAGGUGUCUUCGAACCAUUACUCGUGUAUUUUGAGACUUCAGAGUGAGCACUGCUAAAUUUAGGCAUAAGGGAAUUGGGCGAGAUAGAAAAUUGGUUGAUGAGGUAGUGAAUCUUUAUCCACUGAAGCGGCUGGGACAUAUGUUACUUAUAUCCAAUCACCCUUUACCUUGGCGCGUGAUGUCUGAUGUAUGAGUAGGCUGGGAGAAAGCUAGUAGCGCUCAAAACAAGGGAUGGCAUAAAUUAGUGAAGUCGCUGACCAUUGGAUUAAGUCAUGUAGGUAAGUGUAUAUUACCUGAUUGAGGUCCACGCAAUUAUCGUGAUCAGUCGUUAGAGACUGGGUGACGGCUCAGAAUCGUCCAUAAUGGUGCAGGUGCAUUCUGAUUUUAUCUCCCUUUUGUUCUCGAAUCCCGACAUUCCACACUUCUUUGUUCCGAUUAUUUUCUACCACUAUCGAUGUAGUGAACAGAACACGGGUGGGAACAGCCGAAUAUAUUUGACACAAAAUUACAGGACUUGUUAAUAAAAUCUAACAAUGAAAUAGUAAAUACAUAAUUUGCAAAAUGUCCAUCGAUUGUCUCAUAAUGACUCAGACUUCAUUGUUCUUACAUUUUCGUACAAAUUGCAUUUUGUUCCCUUUCUUUACUGUUCGAUCCUCUUGUCUCUCCGCUUCCAGACAUUCUGUUCACGAGUAACGUCAUAUACUACUUAUGUCGAUAUAAGUAACACACAUCACACUGAUACUGGUUAUCACUUUUAGUACUCUGGGAUUUAUCUUGUUAAUUUUAUCUUGCAGUUCCCAUGUGAUGUUGCAACUUAGGUUGACUAGUAUAUCAGGUUCUACGUUGUGUAUGAUUGACUGACAGCUGCGUAAGUCACUUAGUGUUAUGUUGUGGAAUAUGUUGCUAGGUAAUCUAAAUAUGGUAAGAUCUACUUGAGCUAAACAUCCCAAUACUCUUGAAUAUUUUAGUAACAUAUUGUCUAACCAAACAAACAUAAUGUUGUUUUAACCACCUAAUCUUACUCUCAAAUGGAGAGACCAUUAAUAAUUAAGUACACACAUGCGGCAAUCGAAAAAUGUGACAGUAAUAAUUCAUAGGAUUAUUGAUUUUAUGUAUUUCACGUCGUUGUGUGUAUUUAUUCUCUGUCAUUGUAACCGUAAUAUAGGAGGGAAACCAGUAUUGUUCUUCUUAAUUAAAUUUCAAACAAUAAUCCCGUAUAAAUUGUUAUAAGGAACUUUUAGAUUGUUCUGAACUAUUAUUAGUUUUCACAUGCUUAUAUUGUAUUUGAUUCAAUACCAUAUGGUUAUUUGACUUUUGUUUUUCCUAAUAGAAACGGCAGUUCCAAGAAUAUGAUUGUGGUGAAUUGACUUAUCGAGAAAGAUGGGGAGGAAAUACAUGGUUAUAAAACUCUGUAUGAUUUCUUUUAACUUUGUAACCAAUUCAUUAGUUAAUUGAAAUAAAUUAGAUCACCUUAUAACCAUACUUUUUUUCAAUCUUAUAGGGAUGUUUAAUAUUAAAAAAAAUAUAACGCUAAAUAAUGAACUCUAUUCUUUGGGAAGAGUGGAUGUUUUCAAUUAGGUUUAAACUAUGAACUUACCCAACUUACAAAACUUGUAACCAGUAAAAAUUUGUAACUAAUUUCAUCUUUAUAAAGCUAGGAUUUCGAUUGUCGUUCGGUUUCUAGUUACAGUGUAAGUUAUAUUUCUAAUUUUGAUUUAAUCAUCUUAACCUAAAAGUAGUCAAAAUACGUCUUUCUACUGUUUUAAUAUUGUAUUUCAAUGUUUUUCAGACAACCUGAUUUUUUUGAUAUAAGGUUUCUGCAUACAAAUAUAUAAACGUAUUUAUAAAUUUUCAUAAUUAGCACAGCGUCAAAUAAGUUUUGUGUGCGUUUUUCGG